CUGGUCGUGUGAACUCAAGCUACAUUACAAUAUGACAUUGCUGGGGUUUGUGAUGCUAUUAUGCAUCUUGGGAGCUCAAGCCACCGUGGAUCUGAGAAACGCUGCUGCCAUGGCUGCAGGCUUGUGUAACACUAAGCCGACUGAUGUGGUGUUCCUCAUCGACAGCUCUCGAAGCGUCCGCCCCUCUGAGUUUGAGCAGGUCAAGGUCUUCCUCACCAAAGUCAUUGAUAGUUUGAACGUCGGGCAGGACGCCACUCGCGUGGGCGUCGUGAACUAUGCCAGCCGUGUGAAGAAUGAGAUCUCACUGAAGUCACACAAAACCAAGGCUGGACUUGUUAAGGCUGUGUCCAAGAUUGAGCCACUGUCCUCUGGUACAAUGACCGGCCUUGCCAUCCAGUUCGCCAUAAAUGUGGCCUUCAGCGAAGCAGAAGGCGCACGCAAAUCCCCUGGCAUCAGCAAGGUGGCCAUCAUUGUGACCGACGGCAGACCUCAAGACAAUGUCCGUGACAUCGCGGUCAAGGCACGGGAGGCUGGCAUCGAGAUCUUCGCCAUCGGAGUGGGCCGUGUGGACAUCACCACUCUCAAACAGAUGGCCACCGAACCACUCGACGAUCACGUCGACUAUGUGGAGAGCUACAGUCUCAUUGAGAAGCUCACCAAGAAAUUCCAAGAGGCCUUCUGUGAACCUGUGUCGGACCUAUGCAUGACAGGCGAUCAUGACUGUGAGCACAUUUGCAUCAGCACACCUGGAUCUUUCAAGUGCGCCUGCAGAACAGGCCACACACUCAUGAACGACGGACGAACAUGCAGCGGUUGCAGUAACGCAGCCACAGAUGUGGUCUUCUUGAUAGACGGCUCAAAGAGCGUUAGACCUGAGAACUUUGAGCUGGUGAAGAAAUGGAUCAACCAGAUAAUAGACAAGCUGGAUGUCUCCGAAAACAGUGUCCAUGUCGGACUGGUGCAGUAUUCCAGCUCUGUAAGGCAGGAAUUCCCUCUCGGACGCCACAACAACAAAAAGGACCUUAAAGACGCAGUGAAAAGAAUGGUCUACAUGGAGAGGGGAACCAUGACUGGCCUGGCCCUCAAUUUUCUGUCGGACAACAGCUUCACUCCUAACCAGGGUUCCAGACCUGGUGUUCCAAAGGUUGGUAUUGUCUUCACUGACGGAAGGUCACAAGACUACAUUGGAGACGCAGCCAGCAAGGCUAAGGAGAACGGAUUUAAAAUGUAUGCUGUGGGAGUUGGUAAUGCUGUUGAGGAAGAGCUGAAGCAGAUUGCUUCUGAACCUGCCGCUGACCAUUACUCCUACACAGCUGACUUCAAAGCCAUGAACGAAAUUGCCAAGAAACUGCAAUUCAAUGUUUGUAAAGAGGAAGAUCCCUGUGAAUGUAAUUCACUUGUCAAAUUCCAGAAAAAGGUGGAGGAAGCACUACAGGCGUUAGCAAAGAAAUUGGAAGCUGUGACAAAAAAGAUCGCUGCCCUGGAGAACAAGAUUGUUUGAGACGACACCAAGAUCUAAUUCUCACACUACCACCCCUUUCUUUCAUUGUAAAAAAACCUUGAGCAUCCUGUGACUUCUGACCCUUUCUUAACUUUCUUUCCUCCCCUCUGUUUUCUGUCUUCAUCAUUGUCUAAACAUGCUUUUAAUUAUGGUCACCUUAAAAAGAAAGGUGUUGGUUUUAAACAGCCAUCCCCCGUAUCAGGACUCCACCAUAGAGCAAUAAUUUAUCAUAGCCAGGAGUCUGUAUGUUUAAAUAAAAGUCUUCCCUAUGGUUGUGCAUGUGUCCUAACCUGCAUAAUAAAGUCAUAGAUUCUGGGGAAGUGAUGUGUAUAAAAAAUCUAGUAGAGGUUUCACUCUGUACUUUUCUUCAUUCUACCUUUCUCGAAUCUCUCAUUCCCGAUUCUACAAUUUGCCCCCCAAUAAUGUAAUGGAUUGUUUUAUAUGGAAUAUAAAUAAGGGUAAUUUAAUAUAAGAUUGGACUUGAAAUACAUGUGUGAAUGCUUGUUUAUUAUUUAAAACACUCCAUUAACUGAGCACACACAUACAGACACACAACACACACAAACACAUUAGACACAGGCAAUCAUCCAUUCAGUUAUGAUAACUGCUUGUGUUGAUGCA